UGCUUUAAAAGUAGGUAAAUGAGAGGUUAUGCAUCUGUUAUCAAUUUGAAAAUCAACUAGACAGAUUAUGUCUUAUUAAUACGUAGCCACACAUGUCUGUUUUUGUGUUGUGAAUGAUCGGUGCUUCUGAGUCAUGGCGAAUGCUCCUGGAAAUGUAGGCUUUGAGGAGUACGUCGAUAAUUUCUUGGCUGAGAACUCAGCCCUGCGUCGUAAACUUCAAAGCAAAUCCGAGGCUUUGCUAAUUCUGAGUAAGGAUCUUGACCAAUGUCGCACUGAACGAGAUCAGUUCAAGUUAAUGGCAGAACAGCUUCAGGACCGAUAUUCCAUGCUGAAGAAGAAAUCGCACGAUAUGGGUUUCAAUUACAUGAUGUUCUAUCCUGAUGGUGUGGACUCUAGCAGAUGUGGCAAAAGUCUGGCGCAAGUUUUAGGAGAAAGCACAGAACAGAACAAGGCUCUGAGGAUUGAGCUGGAGGAUCUACGACAGAAACUCCGUGAUGCACAUGGGGAUAUCAAGGUGCUACGUCUAAGUCUAGGACAGCAGCGUCCUGGCACAAAUGUGGGAGAGAAUCAGGCAUUCCCUGCACAUCAGAGGGAAGAUGACACAAAUCGGCAAGUGUGCACGCACAGCGCAGUCUUCAUUUGCCAGGUGUCAAAUUGUGUUGUGUUACAGUGCACGCAGAUGAGGACUGACCUACAGGCAGUGCUGGAUGAGAAGGAGGAGCUGGUCACAGAACGGGAUGCGUACAAGUGUAAAGUUCAUCGUCUGAACCACGAACUAAACGCUUUGUUGAAGGGAGACAGUAAGAAACUGGUUGACGUUGAUUCACUGGUCAUGGAGAACAGGUAUUUGAAGGAGAGACUUCAGCAAGCAGAGGAAGAGAAAGACAUGUCAAACCAAGCUCUCUCUAAGUAUAAGAGCAUGCUAGACAAGAAGCGCAGCAAGGGCACCGUUAAGCUUGGCACUAACAACACUGGCAUGGUCAUGUCUCACAAACAGGUGCAGCAGCUGCUUGAACGAGGCACAUCAGCACAGUUGCCCAAUACUGCUGCCACCCUGUCAGACUUGAAAUCACUAUGUCUUGCUUUACUGGAGGCUCUCGGAGAUAAGGUUCUUGCACUAGCUCAUCAGAAGAAAGCAAACAGGAUACUGGCGAGUCGCAUCUCUGACUUAGAACUGGCGGCACAAAGUGGGCGAGUGGCAGCUUUCCCGUCACAGUUGCUUCUGGAAGGCUAUGCCAGCUCUGAAGUGGACCGGGAAGUCGGUCACAUCGUGUCCGCGGAGCGUCUCGAUGGAUCGGAUUCGGAGGGAGAGUGCAUCACCAGCAUACAUCUUAACACUCGGCACCCAGAGGGUGCUCCUGCGGCAACAGAGAUAAAUCCAGGCGGCAGUCAAAGUGAUGUCACGUCAACUGACAGAGUUGAAGUGUCGAAAGCGCCGUCCGUGUCCAGACCGUCAGUGAAGGACCAUACAGUUACUGCAGGGCGCGAAUCAUGGCAGCAUCUGUCGGGCAGACAUACAGUCAGGGGCCCAUACGUGGAAGAUGCCGUCUCUCGCCAGACGUGCGUACCAGGACAAGAUGACGGUCUACCCCCACAGCUCCAGCAUCUCGUGCAGAAGGCUUUGAAUGAGAUGAAGCAGGAAGCCAAAAACGGAUGCUAACAGCGUCGAUUUAUUUUACGUCAAUAAACUACCUGAGAACCUACAGAUUUGUGCAAGAAAUUAAUUUGUACCUUUUGGGUAUUACAGAGAGAUUUUGGCCGCUAAGCCGGGGCACGGCUCCUCUGUCACGAGCGAAUGCCGUGUCGGUUGCCGCCUGUCUUAGUACGUAAGAGUAGGCGAUAGUGCGAUUACAGCGAAGUUUAUUUACCUUUUUUUUUUUACAGGAUAUGUUAAAAAAAAUUCCCCCUUAGCUUAUAGCAUUCUGCAUAAAUUUUAAAACAGAUUUGUGGAUCACGUGCUAUGCACACGUUAGAGACGGAGGAGUCCAGACUGACUUGAGUCAUGCUCCAGUUUAACGUCUGUCACCAGAUUUGAUUGUUCAUUCUGGCUUUGUCAUCUAAUUACUUUUAUAUUCUUCUGUAACUGUAAACCUGAGUGAAAAGCCAAAGGUAGUUGAAAGAGGCGUUUUACGUUAACAGCGGACAUGGCGAACCUUGAUAGUACCUUUGAUCACUUAUUUAACUUCUCUCACAUCGCAGGGCAAGCCGUAGGAAGGGAGCGACCGUGGGGUGAUAGAGGAACCAGGUACUUGUAUUUCAUUGUUCCACUUGUUCGUUUAUGUAUUCUGAUGUUUCACAUCCUUGGCUUUUACUGUGAAGAAUCUGUAAAAUGUAAAUAAAUUGUAAUUUUAAA